UGUUUAUAGGUACUGUACAUGGCAGUGCUGGUCGGUCCGUGUAUUCGGCGUAUUAUAAUAAUAGUGCCGUAUCGUGCUUGAUGGUGGACGGCUGCAGCAAUAAGAGCUAUAUAGGUACUGUAUAUACAGCGAGGACGAGACGGGCGUGUCUUUCCUUUCCGAAUUCCCAACAACAACAUUGCCAGCGCCAGCACCAGCACCAGCAGCCGACGCAUCAAUCCAUCGGCGACACUUUGUUUGUUUCGACACUAGCUCUCCUCCUUCUGCUGGUGCUGCAUGAGAGGAUCCCCGUCAUAGCAUCGCACAUCAGCAGCAGCAACAACAAGGAAGACUACAAAUGUCGUGCUGACUGCUGAGACAUCACGGCAAGAAGAAGAAGAAGAAGGACGAGGAUGGCAUCAGCAUCAUCAUCAUGCAGUGGCUCGUGUCUGACGAUGCUGACAGCAGGGUGCGAAACCCGGGCCUGGGCCAUUUCCGUGGGUGUCGUGGACAUUGCAGCCGUGUUGCCGGUGACUUGCAUCGCCAUGGUGCUUGGGCUGAUGAAUCAUCAGCAGGGACGUGAUGUAGACGACAGCAUAAUCAUCAACAAUAGCAAUAAUAAUAAUAAUGAUGAGUUGCACCACCACCAGCAGCACUUGGCCUUUGCUGCUGCUGCUGCUGCUGGUGGGGAAGCUAACGAUAGUUAUAGCAUUGAUAAUAAUUAUAACGGAAAGUACGAAGACGACCUCAAGAACCAUCACCAGCACCAGGUGAUGGCGCCUAGCAGCACAUCAUCAGCAUGGCGACGGGCUCGCCUCGUGUCCUUCAUGUCCACGCAAGUUGACACGAGUGUCGGCUACUGGAGCAUCCUGCGGUUCCUGACCGUGUCCCUCUGCGCCUACCUGGUGGUGCAGGGCACGAGGAGGAGCCAAGCCUGGAUGCUCAACGUGUGGAUGGUGAAUGCAGGACUGAAUUUCCUAGUCACGUUGUUUGCAGUCACUGCCUACGCCAUCCUCGAAGGCAGCAUCAUGGACAAUCAACUCGAGUCUUUGUCGUCAGUCAAUAAUAAUAAUAAUAAUAAUACGGCCUGUGUCCUGGCCCUGCUCGUCAUCGCUGCCAUCGGCUGUGCCCAGUUCCCCAUAGUCUACACCGCGUACAAGAGAGCCAAGAGAUUGGCCAAGACUGCCACGCAAUUGACGCCUCACCAUCAGGCAACCAUUGCAUACGACAGACUGGCCUGAUUCAUUCAUCAUGACACGAAUAAUUGGCUGUACUGUGCUGCUUGCUUGCUUGCUUGCUGUUGGUCGUGUUUCUCAUUUCCUCUCUCGUGCGAUACGAUAUUAUUCUUGAUGGCUGCAUUAUUCAGAGAAAAGAAAAGAAAAGAAACGCGACG